CAUACCCAUAUAAAAACCCCACGCCCACUCACAUAAAACGCUCUCGCACCGUUCCUCUUACCAACACCAUCUGCUUCAGAGCGCCUUCCGUUGUCCGUCUCUCAGCUCUCAUUUCCCUUUCAAUUCCAAGGAACAUCCUACCUCUUUUCUUCUAUUCCAUGCCCUGAACUUUCUAGGGUUUCAGAUUUUAUUCCCUUUCUAGGGUUACCUUCCCCUUUUCGCCUUUCUCUGAUGCCCUCUUUUCUUCUUCUUUUGACAACCUUGGAUUUUUGGGAUAGGGCAUCUAUCUAGAUUCUUCCUACCCCUAGAAAGAAGAAAUCUAUUUAUACAGCUGCAUUUGCGGCACUCUUGCUUUAAAACUCCGGAAUCGGUGAAAUGGCUGAAACGUUUGAUGAGGAAACAGAGCAGACGGUGACGAUCAAUGAGUAUAUUGAGGGUGUCGAGGCUGAGGAGCUGGCGGCUGAUUUGGUAUUGGGAGGGGAUGAGGGGAAGGAGUGCACCUACGCCAAGGGAUAUAUGAAGAGACAGGCAAUCUUCUCUUGCUUGACUUGUACUCCUGAUGGGAAUGCUGGAGUCUGCACUGCGUGCUCCCUGUCCUGCCAUGAUGGUCACGAGAUUGUGGAGUUGUGGACCAAGAGAAAGUUCAGGUGCGACUGUGGGAAUGCAAAGUUUGGGGAGUUCUUCUGCAAGCUCUUUGCAAAUAAAGACCCAGAAAAUUUAGAGAACUCAUACAACCAGAAUUUCAAAGGUUCCUAUUGCACAUGUGGUCGCCCUUAUCCUGAUCCGGAUUCCGAAGAACAGGUGGAGAUGAUUCAGUGUUGUAUCUGUGAGGACUGGUUCCAUGAGAACCAUCUUGGUUUUGAGUCUACUGAAGAGAUACCGAGAGAUGAAGAAGGGGAACCUUUAUAUGAGGAUUUCAUCUGUCAGGAGUGUGCACUUAUUUGUUCUUUCUUGACGUUGUAUCCUCCAACCAUUUGGGCACCUGCUCGGCAAAGUGAUGCCCCAUUAAUCUGUAGCGGAGAAGAAAAUACAGUGGAAAACGGGUCAUCAGCAUAUGCCUCCUCUGUGAAUGAUGAGAAUGGCAUCUGUCCUUCUAAGAAUCCAAAUGCGGAUUCUGUAACAAUCCUUGUUGACUCUGAGACUGUGCUGAGUGAGAGGGAUCCUCUGGUUGGAGAGAAUUUGGAGAAGAAUGUGGCUUUAAAGCAGGAUGCAGCCCACAGUAGCAUUUCAAAUCCCAACUGUAUACUUGGAGUGGAUCCACGUCAAGCCUCAUUUGUUUCAGAGAAGAAAAAACCCAUGUUUCUUUCUAAGAAAUGGAGAAAUCUUCUUUGCAGGUGUAAUGCUUGCACAGAAUUCUAUGUCCAAAAGGGCAUUGGUUAUCUAAUUGAUGAGGAGGACUCAAUUGAGGAAUAUGAAAAUGUGGCAAAGGAGAAGAGGAAGGAGAAGUUGGAGCAACAGGAAGGAGUGGAGUUAAAUUUUCUCAGCAAACUUGGUCAUGUCCAAAAGAUUGAGAUUCUGAAUGGCAUUGCUGACAUGAAGAAUGAGCUCCGGUCCUUCAUGGAGUCCUUUGACUCAUCGAAGCCAGUCACAUCUGCAGAUGUACAGCAGAUUUUUGAAAACCUUGCCAAGAAGCGCCAACGGACAGAGUAAGUAUUUCCAGGAUCUUUUCUUACAAGUCCUAUAAAUACUUUAAAUGUACUUGCUGUCACUUUUUCUUAGAUCAUAUGGGGCUUGAAGACAAUUAGAAUACAUGUGUAACAGUAGACUUAAGCCUAACUAGGAUCUGACUUGGUAGAUUCACUAUUUUAAGUUAUGGUAUUUCAUCCAAUGAUGUUAUUAUGCAAAAUCUAUAAAACGUGCGUGCCUUUUCCUAUUU